AUGGAUCCCACGGACUCGGAGGGUCUUUGCCGUGCUCUCGUUGGUCACUACCAUAUGAUCAGUCAACACGAGCAAUCCAUACGCAAAUUAGUGGAUGUGAUCGGCUCGCUCACCACAAGAGUUGCGAAUAUGGCUUCGCCUGUAAAGCCCGGUGGUAUAAUUGACGCUGCUGCGGCGCCCGAUCUACCCGCCCCGCCCCCGAUGAGCCCGUCGGCUUCUUUUCGGGAGCCGAUGUUGCCACACCCUCAUCGUUAUGAGGGAGAGCCAGACUACUCUAUUCAGUUUCGCAUUUUGGCCGCUGAGUGCGGUUUUGGGGAAGCGGCGCUGUGUGGGAUUUUUCGGCGUGGGCUGUCUUCUGCGGUGAAGGACGAGUUGGCGGUUCGGGAUGAUUCAUCGAAUCUGGAAGACCUGAUUUCUUUGUGCGUGCUUUUGGACAAUCGCCUGAAAGCGCGUGAGAGGGAACGUGCCAUGGAGCCUCGGAGACGUCGUUGGUCAUCGCCGCGGAGCGGUCCGACUGCAGUCCGUGGGGACAGCUUCGUCAAACCGCCGUUCGUUUCUACGCCGACGCGGAGUCCGGUCCCGAUAGGAGGGGAGCCUACACAACUCGGUGGCGGGCGCCUUUCUGCUGCGGAGCGACGGAGGCGGUUGGAGGCAGGCUUGUGUCUUUAUUGUGGCUCGCCGGGGCACCAUAUCGCCGCCUGUGACGCUUUCCCUUCGCGUCUAUCUGGAUCUUCGGUCCCAGGGGUUCCCCUUGCCCGAGGGGGGCCGAGUGAAGAGCAUGCUAAAACCUUACCGCCGCACCGCCCUUACGACUGUGCCAUUAACUUGCAGCCCAAUGCCACGCUGCCCAACUCAAGGUUAUACCAGGUCUCUAAACCAGAGCAGGAGGCAAUGAGGGAAUACAUCUCCUCUUCCUUGGCUGCUGGCCUUAUUCGCCCUUCAUCUUCUCCGUUGGGAGCGGGGUUUUUCUUUGUUGGCAAAAAAGAUGGGGGGUCAAGGAAUGGGAAGCCCGAUGCACUCUCGAGGAUCCAUGAGCCAGUGGAGGAAGGGCCUUCCGACGAGCCGGUCGUUCCUGACAACCUGAUUGUAGGGACACUACGGUGGGAGAUCGAACGUCUGGUGGAGGAGGCCCUGCGGGGUGUAACUGUGCCUGGAGGCUGCCCCACGGGCAAGUUAUUCGUUCCAGAUGCUCAACGUGCAGGAGUGCUGAAGUGGGGUCACGUUUCCAAGUUCGCCUGCCACCCGGGCAAGGCGGUUCACCGCUCUCCAGCUGGAUUGCUGCAUCCACUGCCUGUCCCAUCUCGCCCUUGGUCCCAUGUGGCACUGGACUUCGUCACUGGACUCCCGCGAUCAAAGGGUCAUUCUGUCAUCUUGACCGUCGUGGACCGGUUCUCAAAGAUGGCGCAUUUCAUCGCACUCCCCAAGUUGCCCUCUGCUUUGGAGACUGCUGACCUGUUGGUGGCGCACGUAUUCCGGAGUCAUGGCAUUCCGAGUGACCUUGUCUCCGAUAGGGGGCCACAAUUCGUGUCGAAAGUUUGGGGAGUGUUCUGCAAGGCCUUGGGGGCCACGUCGAGCCGGUCUUCCGGUUAUCACCCACAGUCGAAUGGACAGACUGAACGGGUCAACCAGGAGCUGGAGGCCGCCCUUCGCUGUGUUUGUCAGCUGCAUCCGGCCUCCUGGCUGAAGCUUCCGAGCUCCAUGAAGGUCCACCCGGUUUUCCACGUCUCCCUGCUCAAGCCGGUCUCCACCAGUCCCUUGAACCCCCCGCCAGUGCCUCCUCCUGCUCCUCGUGUGGUCGACGGUUCCCUUGGUGAGCUUGAUGGCAUCGAGGAUAACACACUUGACAACCUGAGCCUCUCGGGAGAGGAGGCGGAGGCAUCAGACCCAGAUGAUUCAGCAGAAGGUGACAGCAGUAGUCCAGCACCCUACACACCCCCUUACAAUGAAGAGCCUCGGAUGCAGGACAUUCAUGGAGACCCUGAGGAGGGUGAUGGGGAUGGGAAACCGCAAGAUCUUGCACACGGUAGUCAUAAAGAGGAAGAUGGAGUGGAAGAGGAUGGUAUGUUGCGGUGGAGCGGUCCAGAGGAGCUGGAAUUCAGUAAAGAAGGCACCAGCAGAAAGGUCAUCGCUCGCAGAGACCUCCAUACGGACACGGUUUGGGGACCCUACCCUGGGAGCCUCCAGUCAGAUGGCAGCACAGACAAUGGGGGAUCAAAGGGGAGUUCCAGCUGGACCAUAGUGUGUGAGGAUGCGGAUUGUUGGGUCACCUGUCUUGCUUUGACUACUGACCCAUCGGAUGCAAACUGUACUAUAUACAGCCAAGGUGAUGAGCUGUUCUGUAAGGUGACCAGAAACAUAUUGGCAGCAGAAAUGCUCUUGGGCACCCCGUUACCUCCUCCAAAACCCUCUUCGCCCGUCGCCAGGGAUUCACCUCUUCUCAAAAUUGUCACCACAAAAACGUCUGUGGUAAAGGAGGAGCCAGUGUAUCCUGCAGCUCUCCACACAGACAUCCAGCUCCUUCCACAGCAAGCGGGCAUGGCUGCUAUCUUGGCUACUGCCGUUGUCAAUAAGGACAUUUUCCCAUGCAAAGACUGUGGGAUUUGGUACAGAAGUGAAAGGAACCUGCAAGCCCACCUCAUGUACUACUGCGCCAGCCGACAGAAACAGCCAGCUGCGGAUUCAUCACCGCCACAAGAUAAACCUAAGGAGUCUUAUCCCAAUGAACGCCUAUGCCCCUUUCCUCAGUGUAACAAGAGUUGCCCCAGUGCAAGUUCCUUGGAGAUUCACAUGCGCACACAUAGUGGUGAGCGUCCAUUUGUCUGUCUCAUCUGUCUGUCGGCCUUCACCACUAAAGCCAACUGCGAGCGCCAUUUGAAGGUCCACACUGACACAUUGAACGGGGUGUGCCACGGAUGUGGCUUCGUAUCAACCACGAGGGAUAUUCUCUACAGCCAUUUGGUUACCAGCCAUAUGGUGUGCCAGCCUGGAUCCCGUAGUGAGGUCUAUUCUCCAGGGCCAGGCCUUCCUAAGUUGCCCUUGUCCACUGUUCUCAGCCCAGGAGACUCCGGUGUGGUUUUGAAGUGUCAGGUCUGUGGACACAACUCUGGUUCCCCUUCCCAGUUGCAGCAGCAUGUGCGAACCCACCUUGAAGUGAGAGUCCCCACUGAAAGGAGCCCCACCCCUCGCCAAAGUACCCCAUCAUCGGUCGACCAGCUUCAACCGUCUACACCAGAUGCUGAGCCCCUAGGCUGUGUCCCAAAGUCAGAUUCCUCCAGCCCAGGUGCUCACGGUGGCUCUGCCACUCCCCGUGGCUGCAGUCCUCCUGAUUCCCAAACCUCCACCCUAAGAAUCAAAGAAGAACCUCAUUCGGAAUCUGAGACAGAAGAACAUUCAAUGGAAUUUCAGGAGGAUAGUAAGCAGACUGAAUUGAAAGUAGAUGAGAAGACAAAGGAGGGCAAAACGAUCAACUCAUUUUGUCAGACAUCCAAUUCUCCAAAGAGUCCUGCCAGCACAGCAGUAAAAGCAGAACCAACAAGUCCCACUCCUGGUUGUAGCCCAAGUCAUAUUGGUGGUGGUGGCUCGGUUUUCCCUGGUGGCUCAAUGUUUUUGCCCCAGUACAUGUUUAACCCGGAAACAGCUAUUUUGCCUCAGGCCUCAGAGAUCCUGGCUAAAAUGUCUGAGAUGGUUCACAGCCGUCUGAAGCAGGGCCAGACAAUUCCUCAGAAUAAUGCAGCAGCUUUCUUCUCCUCUGCACCCACUGUAGCAACAGCCACAUCAACUCCUCCUCUAAAAGGAGCUACCUGCUUUGAGUGUGAUAUUACAUUUAACAAUAUAAACAACUUCUAUGCACACAAGAGGCUUUACUGCUCCAGUAGGCACCACGGAGAAGGUGCAACCUCUGUUUCAGGCCCGUCAUUAGCAAGAGAUAGUUCCCCAGGCACAUUGUCGUCUAGCAAGGCACAAGAGUCAUCAGCCUCUCCUCAUGAUGGAGCUGCGAGCAGAGCGGCUUCCGCCUCACCUUCCGAAUCCGAAGCUGCCGCAGAUAGUGGAGCAGCAGAAAUCAAGAGAGUGUCGGUGAAGACGGAAACUCCUACGGGGCGGGAGGGAAUGUCAUCUUCUUCGGAAGGCGAGGGUGUAGGUAGCAAAGGGGGACAAGCAAGUGAAGGUAGCCAGAGCCCUGCCAGUGGAUCUGCAGAAGAUCUCGAUGAUGAUCCCAACAGAACAUUUUGUGAGGCUUGCAACAUCCGUUUUAGUCGGCAUGAAAACUACACUGUUCACAAGCGCUUCUACUGUGCGUCGCGUCAUGACCCAUCCAACCAACGAGCCGUACACAUGGCAAAGGCAACCACCGCAACAGCCUUCCAUCCUCAACCCAUUCGUACGCGCAAAAGGAAGAAGAUGUAUGAAAUCCAUAUGGCGCGGACAGAAGCUUUAGCAGCCGCGGCAGCUGCCACCACAGUCGCAGCUGGCGCUUCGGCCCCAUCUCCUUCAGUGCUCGGCUUGGCGGUGAAACAAGAGGUUUCCCCUGGUGGCGCAGACAGCUCUAGCCCUGAAGGCGAUGGCCCGAUUGAUUUGAGUAAGAGGCCCCGACUCAAAGAAAUUCCUCGGCAUGGAACCAACAGUAUUCUUCCUGCCCUGCCGCUCACCGAUUACCAUAAGUGCACCGCCUGCAGUAUCAGUUUCAACAGCAUUGAGAAUUACUUGGCUCAUAAAACCUACUAUUGCCCUGCCACCACCCUCCAACAGCAUACUUUACAACUCCACAGGCUAAAAAGGUCAGCUUCUACCUCUCCAGAAUGCAAGUCUCACCAAGAGAGGCAAGAGCUUCUUCAUCCCAGGGAAACGCAAGCUCUCGCCGCUGAUUGGAAUACACAGGCACAAGGCUCAUCGACCAGUCCUCAAACCUCAGCUUUAACUGCCUCUGAUGCCACAUCCGCUCCUGAUGCAACAAGCACGCUUGGGGCCACCUUAGGAGCAGGGGCCAAACGCGUUGGCGCCGCUUCUUCUCAGAUGGUCUGUCCAUAUUGUCCUAACAGGCCAGUCACCUGUGACCUAAUUGAGCACUUCAAGACUAUACAUGGCCUGGUUGUAGCAAUUCAGUCACCCCAAGAGGCUCAAACUCAAUCAGGCAUCAUAGUUAGCCCCAGCCCAAGCCUUAGUCCAAAGGACGUAGUCACAGCCAACAUCUCCAGUAGCUCAUCAAAACUGGUUUCUCGCGCUGACCGAGAUAGCGUUAAUGGGCAGGCAAGGAGUGACACCACUUCCCCUUCAUCCCCUCUGAUAAAUGGCUGUCCAUCAAGAGAGGGUCGAUCACCAUCAGCGAGUUCACCUCAACCUAUUUCCCCAUCAAGGGCUCUUCCUCUGACUUUAUCACCUGUGCCUGACCACCGAAGAGAAACAGUCGGGAUGCCCCUGCUUCCAGACAAGACUUCACCGACUGUUGCCUCCCAUCCUAUCCCCACACCCCCGCCAGCCCCCAUCCCCAGUCCCAAAACCCCAGUCAUCUCCCCGGUCCAGAACGGUAACUCCCGUUACUGUAGGCUGUGCAAUAUCAAGUUCAGCAGCCUCUCUACAUUCAUUGCGCAUAAAAAAUACUACUGUUCCUCUCACAGUGCAGAACAUGUCAAGUGA